UUCUCGUUGCGUGUGCUGAGGCUGGUUCUUGUCACUCAUUCUCUGAGCAGCGUGCGAGCGCAUCGACAAAGCAGCCUAGCUAGAAGUAACCUACAAAAAAUAUUUAAAAAAAUCCAAAUUGAAGAAUUAAAAAUACAUCAGCACAUAUCCUUACAGGAAAAUACCCUUUAAAGGCAAGAAACAUCACUUAUCUAACGGUUGCAAUGCUUGAAACCAGGGAUCUCAUCUGGGGAUUGCUUCUCAUUGGCACUGCAGCCUCUCUGCAAGUGGACAUCGUUCCAGCUCAGGGGGAGAUCAGCGUGGGAGAAUCCAAAUUCUUUCUGUGCACAGUCACGGGAGAAGCCGACCUAAUCACCUGGUUCUCUCCGAGCGGAGACAAGAUUGAGACGGGCCAACGCAUCUCCGUGGUGCGCAAUGACGACCUGUCGUCCACGCUGACCGUCUACAGUGCGGACAUCGAUGACGCCGGCACCUACAAGUGUGUGGCCACCUUCGACGGCAAUGAGUCUCAGGCCACCGUCAACAUGAAGAUCUUUCAAAAACUGACCUUCAGAAACGCACCGUCCCCGCAGGAGUAUAAUGAGGGAGAUGAUGCUGUAAUAAUCUGCGAUGUUACCAGCUCGCCCCCUCCUAAUGUUAUCUGGAAGCACCGAUCCCGAGAAAUCAUCCAUAAAAAGGACGUUCGUUUCAGCGUCCUCUCCAACAACUACCUGCAGAUCCGCGGGAUCAAGAAGUCCGACGAGGGCACUUACAGGUGCGAGGGCAGGAUCCUGGCUCGCGGAGAGAUCAGCUUCAAGGACAUCCAGAUCAUUGUUAACGUCCCCCCGGCCAUCCGAACCAGACAGACUGAACUGAACGCUACUUCUGAUAUCGGUCAAUCUGUGACUCUGGUCUGCGAUGCAGACGGAUUCCCAGAACCUGCUGUGUCUUGGGCCAGGGUGAAGAAUGUUCUUGAAGAAUCUGACAAGUACAGCUUUAUGGAAGACGGCUCCCAGAUGACAAUCCUGAAUGUUAAGAAGGAGGAUCAGGGAGAGUACACCUGCAUAGCAAAGAACAAAGCUGGGGAGACGGAGCAGGAGUUCAGCCUGAACGUCUUUGUGAAACCGAAAAUCACCUACGUAGAAAACAAGACUGCUUUGGAGCUUGAGGAGCAGAUCACACUGACCUGCGAAGCCAUUGGGGACCCCACCCCCUCUAUCGUGUGGAGUUCUGCCAGCAGAAUCUUCACAGAAGGAGAGCAGUAUACCUCAAACAGGAUUUAUCAGGCUUCGUGGACUCGACCCGAGAAAUACGAGAGUCUGGAUGGUAAUGUGGUAGUGCGCAGUGAUGGCAGAGUCUCCUCCCUGACGCUGAAGGAUAUCCAGUACACUGAUGCUGGCCAGUACGUCUGCACUGCCAGGAGCUCCAUUGGACAAGACUCACAGUCUAUGUUCCUUGAAGUGCACUAUGCUCCCAAGCUGCAGGGCUCAGUCACAGUCUACACCUGGGAGGGAAACCCUGCCAACAUCACCUGUGAGGUCUUUGCCCACCCUGGGGCCUCCAUUGUCUGGUUCAGGGACGGACAGCAGCUGCCAAACGCCAACACCACCAACAUCAAGAUUUACCCCACCCCCACCGCCAGCUUCCUCGAGAUCACGCCAGAUUCUCAGAGCGACUUUGGCAACUACAACUGCACAGCUACGAACCGCAUCGGACAGGAAUCCAAGGAGUUUAUACUUAUUCAAGCAGAGGUCCCGUCGAGCCCAUUGAUCAAUGAGGUGAGUCCCUACUCCAGCACAGCCAGAGUUGAAUUUGAGGAGCCUGAUUCCAGUGGUGGAGUGCCUGUCCUCAAGUACAAAGCAGAGUGGAGAAUCGUGGGGACCAGCGAGUGGAUGAGGAACGAAUUUGACGCCAGAAAUGUGUAUACAGAGAACCUGAUCACCAUCACCGGUCUGAGACCCGACAGCAGAUACGAGUUGAGAAUGUCUGCAAUCAAUGGCAAGGGGCAGGGAGAAAGCAGCGAAUCCACUGUCUUCAAGACUGAGCCAGUCCACCUCCUUUACACACAGUACAAGCUUCUUACUGUCCUGCUGUUGUCCUACGCACCUGUCUCCAAGUCUCCGCUGGUAGAGGAAAUCGAUUUCUCUCUUAUGAACUAUAAUCCCCGUCAAGCAAAUCAAUUUACAAAGGAAUUCAAAGCCCACCAGCUGAAGUCUGCUUUCAUGAAAGGAGACCGCAUCUCUUUCUUUGGUGCCCGCCGGCUAUUUUCAGCAAACGAAGAACAUGAGAAUGCCCAGGGGGGUGCACUUGUAGAAUCUGAAGAAGACACUCAAGGUGAUGAGCAGCAGAGUUCAUCAAACUUGCUGGAAGAAGACAAAGAAGACCUGGAACAGGCUGUAGUAACCUACGUAGAAGAGCUUUCAUCAGGAGCUGAUGAUAUCCCUGUAGAGCCAACCGAAGGAGACGAAGCUGAAGUGUCAAGCAUUCCCUUGAUCCCAACAGCUCCUGUGGACGUGGUUGUGGCCACAGAUCUACCCACUGAACCUACUGAGGGUGAAACUGAGUCUGCUGAAUCUGAGGAAGAACUUUUACAUCCAUCUGCUGCAGGAGAUCCACAGGGUGAGGCCUUCUCAGCUGCUGAAUCUCUGGUGUUGCUUCAUACUGAGCAAACUGCAGAUGAAUUAACAACAGCAGAAGCUGAUGUCCUACCCGUGGUGGUAACAGAUGAGGGAACACAUGUGCAGGAAGUAACAACAGUACAAAUUAUACAAAAGGAAAUGGAUGCCACAGAAGAAGCGACUGUGGAAACAACGGGAUCAGAAGGUGCAAUCGAGGGGACAGCUAUCCUUAUGCAGCUUGAUCACGUGCCAGAGUCCACUGAACCUGGCCGUGGUGCAGGACCACUCACGGAAAGGCCUCCAGCUACUGAAGAAAGUCCAACCGAAAAGCCAGGAGUGGUUCAAAUGGGUGGAUUAGGAACAGUUCCAUCAGAGGUGGUGUCAGAGCUGGCCACCGGAGCACCUGUGGAGUCUCCUGCUGAACACCCAACCGGAAUGCCUGUUAACCUGGUCCUGGAAGAGUAUACUGUCGGCACUGCGUUACCCACAGUGGAAACGGAUGGCAUAGUGCCUGUAGUGUACAUUACAGAAGUUACAGAAGAUCCAGUUGGGGGCCAAGUGGAAAAAAUAUCUAUGGAAGCGGCUGCCGGAGAGAUAGAGAGUAUCACAGCAGCUCAAGAGGAGCAAAGUUUACAAGCAACCAAAGCCCUCGCAUCUCAAGAGCUUAUUACCGGAGUAACGGUGAGCACCACCCAGCUAAUUCUAGAAGAAACAGGGGCAAACGUAUUCAAGUUUAUAAUGACUGCCGAGCCCACAGACUCAGUGUCUGGGAAUCCACCUGAAACCACAGUGGCAAGCGUAUUCACAACACAGUCUGCAACUCCAGUCUCUGGAGACCCAGUCGAGGACACUGCAACUCCUGUCUCUGUGACCUCUGAAAUGUUAUACACCAGCUCAGUGUAUCUAGAAUCCACCCUCUCUGCAACUGAUGCAUUCACUGAGAUACUUACGACAGAUGUUGUGACCACAGCUUCCUCUGCUCCGAGUAGCACAGACAGGGAACCCAGUCCUCCUAAACUGGAAGGGAAGCCGUAUGAGUCUGGAAACACUCUGAAAGUGAACUGGAUCAAGCAGGAUGAUGGCGGCUCUCCCAUCAGACAUUACCUAGUCCGGUACAGAGCUAAACAAAUGGACGACUGGAAACCAGAGAUCAGACUGCCAGCCGACAGCGAGUACGCCAUUCUCGGAGGUCUGGAGUGGAACACAGAGUAUGAGAUUUACGUGGUGGCGGAGAACCAGCAAGGAAAAUCAAAACCAAGCACCUUAUUUUUCAGGACCGUUCCAGAACCCACCUCCAUGCCAGACGAAAUGGCAUCCGGUUCCGGCCUGGGCACGGGUGCCAUCGUGGGGAUCCUCAUCAUCGUCUUCAUCAUCCUGUUGGUGGUCGUUGACGUCACCUGCUACUUCCUCAACAAGUGCGGCCUUCUCAUGUGCAUCGCUGUCAACGUCUGUGGCAAGCCAGGCCCGGGAGCCAAGGGCAAGGACAUGGAGGAGGGGAAAGCUGCUUUCUCCAAAGACGAAUCGAAGGAGCCCAUUGUGGAGGUGCGGACCGAGGAUGAACACACACCAAAUCAUGAUGGGGGAAACCUGACCGAACCCAACGAGACCACCCCGCUGACUGAGCCAGAGCACCCUGCCGACACCACAGCUACUGUUGAGGACAUGAUCCCUUCUGUGGCCACUAACUCCGACACCAUCACUGAAACCUUUGCCACUGCCCAGAACAGCCCUUCCAGUGAGACCACCACUCUCACCUCCAGUAUAACUGCCCCUGCCUCCACCCCCGUCCAGCAGGCUAGCACACCCAAAGCCGGAGUCACCUCUCCAACCUCUCCCGCACCUGCUUCCACUGAAGCUGCAUCCAAGGUUGCCCCGCUGGUGGACCUCAGCGAUGCCCCAGCUGCCAACAGCCCAGCAGCUCCUAGUCCAAAUCCCACCAAUGCUCCUAAAGCCCCAACCGCCACCAAGACUCAAGCUCCCACGGCCCCUCCAGAGGCAGUCUCCAUCCCCACUCCCACGGCCGAGCCCCCGAAACCAAAAACUGAAGCCGUCAAGAGCCCCGAAAACGAAGCGGCGCAGCCCAACGCGGUGAAGAGCCCAACCGAGGCAGCCAAGAACCCCACCAGCCCGAAAAACCCAUCUGCCCCCGACAGCAACGCGAAGCCCUCCCAGAACGAAGACUUUCGAGUGGACCUUGACCUCGCAAAGGAUGUUUUCGCUGUCUGGGGAAACGAUCCUCCUCCUGCUGUCAAUCAGGCUGCUGUGCCGGCCCCGGCCGCUGCAGACUCCACUAAGCCAUCCACUCCAGCCAAGGACGAGAAGGUCCUAGUAGAGGAAAAAACUAACCCGGAGGAGGCCGAGAUCAAGAAGCCUGUGGCCGAAGUGAAAACAGUCCCCAAUGAAGCCACCCAAACAAACGGCAACGAGAGCAAAGCAUGAACCAACGUCGGGAGAGAAAACUGUACGAACGAAGACACGUAGAAUUACACACGAGCAUCAUCAUCAUCAUCAUAAUAAUCAAAACAAGGGGUUUUCUUCAGUGUCUUUAUUAUUAUUUCUCAGACAAACAAAAAAGAAACCCGUUCUCCUGUUUGUAGAUUUGUAGAAGGGAAAUCCAGUCGUGUGCACUUGCAAUUGUGUGUGUUUAUUUGUUUUAUAAAAAAAAUUAAAAAAAGUGAAACUCUCUCUUCAACUUCAACUGGCAUGCCGAUUGCAAGUCAGGCUGCAGACAUUUCUUUUUGUUUUGUUUUGUUUAUUUGAGACUGCUUGUUAUGAGAGGCACUGCAUUGCUAGGAUUGCAAGGGAUACUGGAGAUCUGCCCCACUGUCAGUUUAAUUGAGUAAACACAGCUUUAGAAAGAGGAACAUUGUGUGCUUAUACCAUUCCUAUACCUGGGCUUUCAUCCAGAUACUCACUGUUUGUUUGCUCUUAUUAAAAUGAAGGAUUGAAUGAAAAUUUGGCUUUGGAUAUAUAUAUAUAUAUAUAUAUAGUUCCAAUUCGCAGUCUCGUUUUUUGCCAAUUUACAUUUUUCUGUGUUUAUGUGUUUACAGGGCACGAUUGUUUUUCAUUUUUUUAAACAAACAAAAAAGAAAAGUUUAAAUGUAAAAGUAACUGCCUUUUUAUUUUAUUUUUGUAUUAUUUUCUGGGACUUUUUAGAUUAUUAGACCAUAGGUUAGCAUGCUUACAGUUUUUUUUUUCAAUUUUCCCCAUUUAUGAACACCAUGCUUGCUGUUUUACCAUAUAUAUAUGUACACAUACACACACAGGAUGAUUAGAAAGUGCGUUUACCACAUCAAUGAUAUGGAGCGUUGAGAUGGUAAACAUACUUUCUACCCUGUGUGUCUAUGUAUGUGUGUCUUUAUAUAUAUCUAUGAAAUCAUUUCUUUUGACACAACUUAAAAAACCACACCGGUUAGCUCUACAUAAAUACAUAGAGAAACGUUUCAUACACUUCAUUUGUAUUGCUGUUGCUCUCCUUUUAAUUUCUCAAAGGCGCCUCGUCUCACUGAAAAUGGGGGUUGUAUAGACCGGGCUGGUCCACACAAGGAACUUAUCAUAGAACCCAAGCAUUGGCUUUUACAGGUGGGCCACAGCUGCUUAACUACAGCAGACUUUGACAGUUAAACAUUAAACAAAAUGGAGUAAAGGUGGGUAUAUCCACUUUAUGUCCAGCAGAGCGGCGCUGUAGCACACUAGUAUUUAUACAGUACAAUCUUCAAGGUAUUGAGUCUGUAAAGCUGUAGCAGUCAACAUACGGCAGCAAAAUAAACCUGAAAUAUCCCGACUUUGCCAUUAGAAAUAUGGUAGACGUUUCAGUGCGACUAAAGAAGCCAUGGGAAGGUGGAUGAAUGCCUUCCUCUUGCAGUGGGAGAGACUAUCCCCCUUUUAAGCCUCUUUUAGAUUUAUUUAUUAAGGGAACAAUAACACAUGUGCAGUAAGUGUAAGGGUCCUGAGAGAGUUUGGGAUCUGUUGUUCUAUCAUCAAUUACACCUUAAAAUGGCAACCAAAUGUUUUUUAAGUCUGUUUUUACAUAUAAAAUGCAAUGCUGCAAGGCGACAUUAUUAAAACCGUGACGUUCUGGUAUAGAUUCUGGGGGUUCAAAGAUAAGAUCAGCGACCAGCCCUUUUUUUUUUUUUUUUUUGUACAGUAUAUUUCUGAGAUUUUCUUUCAUUCUUUUAAAACUGCUUAUGCACUGUGAAUGUGUGAAUAUCCUAGUGUGAAUAAAAUGUGUUCUUUGUCCUAGUAUUUGAAAAAAUACAGCAUAGUUUGGUUGUGAAAGGUUUAGCGGAUAGUACAGAAAAUUAAAAAAAAAGAAAAUUUUUCGAUAACAUUACGGGGAAACAAACAACAAAAAAAAAUCGCCUUCAAAAUGUUUUGGUUACGGCAUGCACUUCACUUUCUUUGUGUUUGCCUGGUAAUGCAGAGACUCAACGGUGAAAGACGGCUGCCUGGUGCCCUGGUCCAUUAAUUUUACUGUGGGGCCUUCUCUAUUUCGUGUGCGUGUGUGUGUGCAGUCUAGGUAACAAUAACUGAUGGUGUCGCUAGUUUGUAAGUUCAAACUGAAAAUGCUGGUCUUGUCAUUUUGCUUAAUGUGUUUUUGCAUACGCUAGGCUCUGGGGGUGAAAAUGGAGGUAAACCGUUACAUGUACAUUUUCUGUGAGGGGCUUGGUACUUGUGUAAAAUGUCUCAAUUCAAUUCGGAAGUGAAUUUCAGGUCCCCAGCUUGCGUGUAUAUAUACACUCUGCUGGACCUCAAGCUACUGGAGAUUUUAAACUAGGUUGGACCACUAGCUUUGUGAUACUCCCAUCACAGCCCUUUUCACAGAGGCUGGCACAAUGGGAGAUGACGAGAGCCACCCUGGACAGUAGAAUGUGUCUCCUCCUAUUGCUGUGAAAUAGAUUGGCGGUUUAGUUCAGUCCUGUGCUUGAGAAGUAGACACAGUCUGGAAAAGACUAGAAAAGCUAAAUGGUUGUUGUUUUUCAUUAUUGUUGUUUUUACAAAGCCAGCAUCAAGCCCCAAACUGAAGUAUGUUUCUGUAGUCUGGACAGCAUGUUCUGACGUGAUUUGUUUUGUCCGCACAGACGUUCAUGCACCAUUGUGCCGAAUCUCUCGUGGUUCUAUCAUUCCAUUAGUUUUCUAUUGCCACGGAAGAUGGUUAUCUGUGUUUAACUGCCAUCAAUGUGGGACCAAGUUUAUUGUGAUUUGACACAGGCCUUCGAACCAAUGUAUUGUGCCAUGAAGCGAUUUGUUAGGAACAAGAUCAAAGUGAAAUGCUCCUGAUUUAUAAGCCAAAUGCUAUCCUAAGAAACGGAAUGGCUGUUGUUGUCCUUGUUGUUUUAGAAAAUCCGAAGACACUAGUCCCUUUUUAAGGACCUUGUCAAGUUACCCAGAAACCUCCAUUCUCACCCCUACCCAACAUUCCCUGCUUUUGGGGCCUUCUUUCUUGAAUACAACUUUUUACUGCGUGAAGCAUUGGUGCCACCUUUCUGUCCACUGCCCCUGGUGUAAAUACUGAGUACUAACCAAGACAUUUUGACUUUGCAUUCUGUCAGAAUACUUGUGUUCAAUAAAAGUUACAAAAUAAAAACA